AGCCUGCCUCGCUCUCUCUCUCUCUCUCUCUGUCUCAUUCUCUCUCUUGCUCUCUCUCUCUCUCUCUCUCUCUCUCUUUUUCUCUCUCGUGAUCCCUUCCUUGCUCUUUCUCCCUGCUGCCAUCGUCUACUAUCUGUUGCUCUCCCUCUCCAGCUAUCUAACUUUCUUCCUGUCCAUCUCUCUCUAUCUCUUUGGAUCUCAAUGGGAUGGUGCAGGCUAUCUAUAGCUGUUGCUCUCUUCCUCUCUGAUUCUCUUCAUCCCUUCAUCCUAAGGCUCUGGCUCCUCCGGCCGGUGCCCCGUCAUUUUCCCGUGGGCGGCAGCGAGAUAUGAAGCGUCGUGAUGGGUUUCAUGGAAUUCUACUUGGAGAUUGACCCUGUGACCCUGAACCUCAUCAUCCUGGUGGCCAGCUACGCCAUCCUCCUCCUUGUCUUCCUCAUCUCCUGCAUCCUGUAUGACUGCCAGGGGAAGGACCCCACCAAGGAGUACGCCCCCGCGCCCCCCGCACCCCCCAGCCAGUCGCCCAUACGCCUUGUGGUCAUGCAAAACUCUCCUGCCUCAUCUCGCUAUGAGCAGCAGAACCAGAACAACAUGGCUGCUCCAGAACCCAGCAGAAACCCAGAACCCAACAGGAAGCCAGAAGCCAGCAGGAACCCAGAACCCAACAGGAAGCCAGAACCCAGCAUGAACUUGGAACCUAGCAGGAACCCAGAACCCAGCAGGAAGCCAGAACCCAGCAUGAACUUGGAACCUAGCAGGAACCCAGAACCCAACAGGAAGCCAGAACCCAGCAGGAACUUGGAACCUAGCAGGAACCCAGAACCCAGCAGGAAGCCAGAACCCAGCAGGAACCCAGAACUGAGCAGGAAGCCAGAAAUCAGUAGGAACCACUAUGAGCACAGCAGGAACCACUACGAGCACAGCAGGAACCACUACGAGCCGCCGGCGCUGACGCCCACCCCCGACCUGGGGAGGGAGAAGAGGAGCACCCUGGUCUGAUAAGGAGAGAGGGAGGAGGUGGGGGAGUCCAUGACUUAAGAGAAGAGAGAUGCUAAGUUCUGGAUUUGACACCGUGGAGGAGAGAGGGAGGAGGUGGGGGAGUCCAUGACUUAAGAGAAGAGAGAUGCUAAGUUCUGGAUUUGACACUGUGGAGGAGAGAUGGAGGAGAGGGGAGAUUUGGUUGUAUAGAAAAGGCCUGGACUGGACUGGACUGGAUGUAAAUUGCUGCUGUUUUGUUUAGUAUUUUAUUUUUGCUCUGUAGAUGUUUUUUAUUUUGAUCGUUUUGUAUGAUGUUGGUGUCUAUAUCGCUGAGAAGGUGGGACCUGGCAGGCUGGGAGGCUGCUGUAAGGGAAUCCCCCACCCACAUGCUCGCAGAAAGAUGAACAGGGACACACUCGCACGGCAGCAGAUCAGUAUGGAGUCACCACCAUUCAGAAACCAGAGUACCUCUGACAUUAUGGAAUCACCCUCCUCUCUCUCCUGCUCACCCCAUCGCUACAUCGUUGGGCGUGACGAUGCCAAAGGACCAAUAGACGACACCCGGCCACACCUCACUAAGAAUGAUCCACAUUGGGAUCAGGUUCUAGAUGUAUAAUGCUAGAACUAUGAACUAAUGGAGAACUGCAAUACCCAAUAGCUUCCAUGUAGUCCACACUACUUCAUAGAAACUGGAGGAGACAUCCGAGCCACAAUGGUACAACAACUAUCAUUAAGACCAGUUACUUCAAUGAAGAGACUGACGGUCGAUUGGAGCAGGAUGUCCUGUGACUGUUCUCCACUCAGCCACAUCAAGCCUCAGUCACAUCAAGUCAUCUGCUCUGCCACGACUUUGAAUCAACCAACAGUCAGAGAGUCGUGAUACCGAGGGACUUGACAUGCUAAAGCCUCUUAUGUAAAAAAACAAAACAAGGGCCUUGUCAGCUCAGUGCCCAUCGAGACCAACCAAUGACUUGACCAAUCACAGAGCUCCAUUUGCAAUAUGAAUAGCAACAAAUGAUGCAUCCCCCAUGUUUCAUGUUAGAGGGAUUAGUGUCUAACUCAAGUAUUAUGGGAGAGCGAGGGUUACAUAUUCUCUCUGAUGUUUGCUCUGCUUUGCUUUGGUCCUCUCUGCAGGGUAACAUACGUUUCUUCUUGUUAACAGACCAAAAACAUUUUGGUCAUAUUCUGGAUUUGACGUAGGUGGUAGUGGGGACUAAUAAGGAGUGGACAUCAGUUAAGGGACUUAGUCUAGGGAGGGAGAUAUUUGUGGCACGCAAGAGGGAGGAUUUAAAAUCAAACUUGAGCCAACGUUCAAGUGAACUUGUAAGCCUGGGGCAUAUUCAUGAGUUAUGAAAUGGAAACAAACAGGUUGAAACCGGGUGGAAUUUUCCCAAUAAGAAACAGUUGUUGUCUUUUUCUGCUGCAAAACUUUUCGCUACGGUGUACACUAAUGAAUAACACCCAGGUUUUGGGGAGAAGUCAGACAUGUUGCUCUCAAAACACAGUAUAUCCUUCAUUAAAUGUCAUAUUUAUGGUACAUUAUUAAGAUACUGCAAGAAUAUAUAGCACAUUAAAUAAAAGUAUCACAAAAGUAUCACCUUUGCCCAAGC